AGCCACUGCCACAUGUUGCUUGCGCUCUGGUGUACUUAUGAUAGAUAGUUCGAGUUUUAUCAGGCGAAUCUUUUAAAAUCAACAUCAAAUUUUGUAAAUUUUUAUUUAUUUGGGUGUUCCCAGCUCUCUGAAAAUAUUGUGCUGCUCUUAUCGCGGCUGAUAAAAGAUAAACCCAGAAUGCACGUUGCAGCCUGUGCUCGUCUGCGAGAAACUGUUCUGCCGCUGAACCUUGAGUCUGGCGCUUUCUACCGGUGAUUCCGUGAUUGGCAUGUGGGCAGGUCCAUUAUCUGUUGGUUAGAUCUGCCGAUUUAGCCCUGACAGAGGGAUGCGUGGUAGAUUGCAUCGUUUUACACCGCGUUAGUUGUGAUCAACAUCAUGGUGAAAACAACAGCAACCUACGUUGUGGAUGCUCACGACGGUGAGGAAAAAGUGGCCUUGAAGCCUCCGAGCUCCGAGAAGACCCCCGCCAGAGCCGCGCCGAUCGUCGUCGCACCAGAUGGAGGCUAUGGAUGGGUUAUCCUCGUCGCCUCCUUCGCCAUCAAUGUUAUUGUCGAUGGGAUUGUCUUCUCCUUCGGGAUGCUGCUCAAUCCGCUGAUUGAGCAGUUCAGUCAGGAAGCCGUCGUUCCCUGGGCUGGUUCGUUGCAGUCGGGCUGCUAUUUGCUAGCAGGACCGGUGGUUAGUGGACUGUGUAACAAGUAUGGAGCCCGACUUGUUAGCGUUGUCGGUUCGUUCAUUGUGGCCGCCGCCAUGGCCACCAGCGCUUUUGCCUCGGAACUGUGGCAGUUUAUCGUCCUGUACGGGCUGGUAAGCGGGAUUGGAUUUGGAUUCGUAUAUCUGCCGGCCAUCGUUAUCGUAGGCGUAUAUUUCGACAAACGACGAGCUUUUGCCACAGGUUUGGCGGUGGCCGGAUCGGGUAUCGGUGGGUUUAUGUUCCCGCCGAUUAUUGAACCUUUACUGGAGUAUUAUGGCUGGCGAGGCACGGUCUUGAUUAUGGCUGGCAUUGCUCUUAAUUGUGCAAUUUUUGCUGCUCUUUUCCGACCACUGCUCCCCACUCACCGGCCUGAAGAAGCAGACACGGAGAUGCAUCGUUCAGAAAGCUUUCUCAAACGUAUCGAAGCCGCACGAAAUGCACGAAUUAAUAUGCUAAAUUCCAACAUGGAUGUUAGCGAUCAAGAAGGUGCAGUUACACCACGUCAGGGCAUUCAUUUGGAAAACAUCACAGAAAGCGAAAUGGAACCCGAAAGUGGGCAGUAUUCAGUCAAAACUGUGGAGAUAACCUAUCAGCCGCGCUCUGCCGGAAAUAUUAAUGAAUCAGAUGCGAUACGGAUGAGUAGCACCGGUGUACUGCAUCGAGCUGGGUCUCGUGAGCGUAGUCUGGAACGGCGUUUCUCUUCAUCGAGUCGGAAAAGCAUUCCCUCGGAGUCACCGGCACCCUUCACCAAGCCCGAUGUACUAUAUUCAGGAUCGGUGCAUAAUCUGCCAGAGGUUCGGCAAUUCGGCGGUAGCAUUCAUGACUUCCGCGCCAGCCUGAAUGCCAUCGAUGCCGAGAAAAACGCCAAGCGAAACAAAUCCUUGGCCGGAUCGGCUCGACGCAUUAUCGGCCAGAUGUUAGAUGUGUCGCUGUUGCGUAGUCCCACUUUUUUACUAACGUGCGUGACUUCUUUUAUGACACUGGCUGGAUUCUUUGUUCCUUUCGUCUUUAUUAAAGCAUUUGUCUCCGAAAGAGGUAUAACCGACAGUGAAGCGACUUGGGUUUUAAUGUCCAUAAGUGUGACCAAUACGAUUGGCCGUAUUGUGGUUGGAUUUAUCUCCGAUAUGCCCAAAGUGGAUCCCAUCGUCGUGGCCUGUUCCGCUCUGAUUGUUGGAGGCAUUUGUACAGUAUUUUUCCCUUUGAUGAGCACUAUGGCCUUGUUCGUUACGUACGCUUUGAUCUUUGGGCUUUCUAUAUCGGCCUUUGCGGCGCUGCGUUCGAUUAUUUUGGUGGAUUUAUUUGGAAUUGCAAUGCUCAAUAACUCGUUUGGUCUGCAAAUGUUGUUCCAAGGCAUCGCAGCCUUGGUUGGUUCUCCCAUUGCGGGGGCUUUGGCAAAAGCGACUGGUUCGAAGGAUAGCACGUUUUAUUUUGCCGGAGUUCUGAUCGGCGUAUCCGGUGCACUGUUAUUCCCGGCUAAGCUGGUUCUCCGAUGGGAAAGACGGCGAUUCCCGGGAUCAGCGGCGUCCAAGAGAUAAGACAGUGGGAGAUGUUGAGUACUGUAAUCUCAGAGAUCACUGAACCAUUUGGUUUUCUCAUCGGAGCGGUGUUCGACAGUAAAAUCAGUUCGACUGCAGUUAUGUCGAAACAGGAAAUCAAAACAUUGUUGCGGCUCAUGGGAUACAGAAGUUCCUUAUGUAAUUAUAUUGUCUUUGUGUUGCUGCGUACUCCUUCGGCCAAGAUGACUUGCUCAGUAGGUCUUUUAAAAUCUGAGAGACCAUAUUUUUGUCGAUUUUGUAAAUGAAUAAAAUAACUGGGUUAAAUGGGUACACUAAGCCAGUCUGUUUUUGUCAUUUCAUUGUGUUAAUGUGUCUGAAACGGUUUGAUUAAAUUUAUUAAAUUUGA